GCUGUAUGCAGAUGUCAAUUCUGAGUUUGCGCGUAAAUCACCGGUGUGAAGCUCUGGGACUUUUAUAUUGAAAUCAAUAAAUUUAUUUUAGUGGAAACGUAAUAGAAUUAAACCGAAUAUUUAUGAUAAAUGUGAUAAAUGAAAUGCAGCGGGACAUAACUUCCUUUUUCAAGCGUGCUACGCCUGCAAAAAAGGUCGAAACUGCCAACGACGAUGAGGAAAUGCAAAAAAGUAAACUUAAAAAACGAACCGCUCGAGUAAUAUCCAGUGACGAAGAUGAGGUUCCAGAAAGCCCAAAGGCGCCUACAAAAACGCCUGCCAGCAAAAAGAAGCGCGUUGAAGAGAAGUUGCCGCGUGAAAGAAAAACUCACGUCAAUAAGAAACCAUCACUUUCAAAAUUGAAAAACCAAUCUCCUAAAAAGCUAAAGCCAAUCGACCCCAAUUCAGUUUUUGGAGGGGAAACUCUUCGUGUAGAGGCUAAAAAGCUGCCACCUCCAAAAAUAGCAGCUGUCAUUGAAUUGGAUGAUGAGGAAAUCGAUAAGAGUCUAAUGGAAGUUGAUCUAGAAGUAAGUGCGCAAGUCGAAAAAAAUACAAACGGAAGGCGAGAAGAUCGGCGUUCAAAGUCAAAAACACCGCGCAAAAGUCCAUCGAGGGCAAAACACACACCUAAAAAAGAGGAAAAACGGGAAAAGAAUAUCGAUAAAACAAAAGAGCCCAAAAAAGAAAAGGAGCAUAUAGAUGAUAAGCCGAAGAAAUUAGAAGCCACGCCUAAAACUGAAAAUAAAAAGGAUAAGAGCACGCCGAAGGCUAAGAAACAACUCUCGGAAGACCUGGAAAGCAGUGUGUUGUCCGAUGAGGAGCGUCAUGAACGUAAACGCUUAUCAGCCAUACUCUACCAGAAAUAUAAAAAUCGAGCAAGUGUUAUAAAUCCUGGAUCAAAGGAGGUUCCAAAGGGUAAACCGAAUUGCUUAGCGGGACUAACAUUUUUAGUCACUGGGGUAUUAGAAUCUCUGGAACGAGACGAGGCCGCGUCAAUAAUAAAGGAACUUGGAGGAAAAAUGAGUACCACUGUAGGAAAAAGGCUUAACUAUUUAAUUGUCGGAGAGGAAGCUGGGCCCAAAAAGCUUGUGCAGGCAGAAGAGUUUGGUGUGAAUGUGAUAAGUGAGGAUGGACUGUUCAACUUGAUUCGAGAAAAGUCAGGUGAUGUUUCAGACAAAGAAACGAAAAAUGACAUUAGUCCGGAUAACAUAAAAGUAGAAUCAACAGAUUUAAAAAAUCCUAAUAAACAAAAACUCAAAGUCCAAGAAGAAUUGAAGCCAACGCCUCCUGAAAAAAAUCGAAAACCGAAAAAAUCGCCCAAAGUGGAGAAUGUUAUGAAAAUAGAAAAAAAAGAACAUAAUCAAGAAACUGAAUGUAAUGUCCAAUUCAAACAGAAAGUAGAUGACGCAAAUCUUCAGUGGGUAGAUAAAUAUAAACCAACUAGUGUAAAAGAAAUCGUUGGUCAAUUCGGACCGACGAGCAAUGUGUCCAAGUUGACUAAUUGGCUCUCGAAGUGGUACAUUAACCAUGAUGGCAAAAAGAAACUACAGAAACCUAAUCCAUGGGCCAAAAAUGACGAUGGUAGUUUUUAUAAAGCAGCAUUGUUAUCAGGUCCACCAGGUAUUGGCAAGACAACCACAGCUAUCCUAGUCUGCAAGGAAUUAGGCUUUGACACCGUUGAAUUCAAUGCGUCGGAUACGCGUAGCAAGCGUCUUCUAAAGGAGGAAGUAGCAGAGCUACUCUCAAACAAAUCCCUUUACGGUUAUUUUCAUGGUCAAGGCAAAGAGGUUACAAAAAAGCAUGUACUUAUUAUGGACGAAGUUGAUGGCAUGGCGGGCAAUGAAGACCGCGGGGGCAUACAGGAACUAAUUGCACUUAUAAAAGAUUCCUCCGUGCCGAUAAUUUGCAUGUGUAAUGAUCGCAACCAUCAAAAAAUGCGGUCCUUAGUUAACUAUUGCUACGAUCUGCGUUUCAGCAAGCCACGAACUCAACAAAUUAAGGGACGUAUUUUGAGUAUUUGUUGUAGGGAGGGUUUCGAAAUUGAUCCCGAUAAAGUAAAUGAAAUAAUAGAAGCAACUAAUAAUGAUAUACGCCAAUCUAUAAAUCAUAUUUCGUUGUUAAGCGCUGGAAAGAAUUUACCAUCUAACAGUACUAAAAGUGCAUGCAAAACCGCAGAGAAAGAUUUGAAAAUGGGUCCUUGGGAGGUGGUGCGCAAAGUAUUCUCCGCCGAAGAACAUAAACAUAUGACACUUAACGACAAAUGCGACUUGUUUUUCCAAGAUUACAGCUUGGGACCAUUGUUCGUGCAGCAGAAUUACUUACAGGUGUCCCCCGUAGGUUCCAAGUCUGAGGUACCUGCUAAGGUUGCUCUUACUGCAGACGCCUUAAGUUUGGGUGACUUAGUGGAUAAACGAAUACGCUCCGAUUCUGCUUGGUCGCUGCUGCCAACACAGGCCGUGUUUAGUUCAGUAAUGCCAGGAGAGUAUAUGAGUGGCCACUUCACGGGACAAAUAAAUUUCCCUGGUUGGUUAGGUAAAUAUUCGCGAACCAAUAAGCGAAAUCGUUUGGCUCAAGAGAUUCACGAUCACACCCGAUUACGUACUUCUGCCUCACGUCAGUCCAUUCGACUUGACUACGCCCCUUUCCUUCUGGCGAAAAUUGUGCGCCCUUUAAAAGAUAAGGGAAUGGAAGGCGUUAAAGAUUCACUGGAUGUUCUAAAAGAAUAUCAUCUCUUACGCGAAGAUAUCGACUCUUUGAUCGAACUUACUGCAUGGCCUGGCAAGAAGGGUUUAAUGGACGCGGUAGACGGCCGUGUGAAGGCAGCUCUAACACGCGCAUAUAAUAAAGAGGUUUUAGCAUAUUCGUAUUCAGUGACUGCAGGUGUAAAGAAAAAGAAAGCUGAAGCAAGCGAAGAAAAUGAGUUGUAUACUAUUGAGGGUGAAGAGGAAGGUAAUGCGGCAGCCUCAGAUGAAGAAGAUGAUAAAAUAGAAAAUGAUGGUUUGAUUAAGGCGAAGAAAAGCAGUGCAACUGCAUCAUCUUCGAAAGCAAAGGCUGGCACAUCAAAGGGCAAAACUGGAAGCAGUGCUGCUAGUAAGAAAACAACAAGCAAAGCAUCAUCUACUAAGGCAAGGAAAUAAUAUAGGGAUAUUUUUGUCGGUAAAUCAUUUUUGGUUAUUAUUUGGAAUUAUAUGUAUGUAUAUAAUAGCUUCUAUCUGUUGUACUUGUUUGCUGCAUCUAUUUCAAUAUAUAUUUUUUCUAUAAACUA